UUCGCGUGUGGGGCGCAAAGGCAAAAGGCAGGGCAGCGAAAUAGAUAUAGGAACGACUAUCAAUUCGUGGAAAUACAAAUAGAAAGCAGAAAUCGGCGAUGGGAGAGAGCAACAGAAGCGUCGAUGAGGAUUUACUUCUUAAAGAAUUCUUCGCUGAAGUUAGCGAAGUCGAAAGGGACAAUGAAGUCGUCAGGAUCCUUUCAUGCUUCAAGUUGAAUGCAUUUGAGUUUCUGAAGCUACCAUUUGAUUCAUCCCCAGAAGAUGUCAAAAAACAGUAUCGCAAGUUAUCGUUAAUGGUCCACCCUGAUAAAUGCAAGCAUCCACAAGCAAAAGAGGCUUUUGGAGUAUUAGCAAAAGCCCAACAACAAUUGCUUGAUCAACAAGAAAGGGAUUAUAUCCUUAGCCAAGUUACUGCCGCAAAAGAAGAACUUAGAGCUAAGAGGAAGAAGCAGUUGAAGAAAGACACAGCUUCCAAGUUAAAGUCGUUAGUUGACGAGGGAAAAUCUGAAAAAGAGUAUGAACAAUCAGAGGAAUUCCAGCAGGAGUUGAAAUUGAAGGUUCGAGAGUUAUUAACAGAGCAGGAAUGGCGGCGGAGAAAGAUGGCGAUGAGGAUAUCUGAAGAAGAAGGUCGACUAAAGAAGGAUGAAGAAGAGCAAAAGGAGAUGUGGAAGAGGAAGCGUGAACAUGAGGAGCAGUGGGAAGGAACGAGGGAAAAGCGAGUUUCUAGUUGGAGGGAUUUUAUGAAGUCUGGGAAAAAGUCGAAGAAAGGAGAACUUCGUCCACCGAAAUUGAAGACAGAGGAUCCCAACAAAUCGUAUGUUCAGAGGCCUGUAAAGAGGGGUUAACUGUCCCUUCUUGCGGAUUCUUUUACAAUGUAGCUUUCAACAAACUACUUUGUAUUCCAAUACUGAUACAUUAUUGGUAUCACCUUUUGAUGAACCGAUUCGAAUUUAUCUUUUUCGGGUUUAUCAGUAUUUUUCAAA